AUGUCUCACCGUGGUGGCAAGAGAGUCCACCACAGCUCCUCUUCGGAGGAUAUGUCGUCGUUCCCAGGCGACAAGGGGCAUCACCCCCGAAAGAUGUACAAGGCCGACUACUACCGGCCCAGUCGAGUUGAGGAGCAAGCCCAGGCCUACCAUAGCCGGGUGGGAUACCAGGGCCAGGAGCGCCCAAACCGGCCUGUCGAAGCUGGCCCGUCUGUUUCUCGUCGCGGUGGUCAACCCACCACCACCACCACCACCUCUACCAAAACUAACCACUCCCAAAAAUCAAGCCUCGUCGGCCCUGAUGGCCGGUUCACGAACCAAGCCGGUCCAGAGGACCGCACCCUGGCCACCUGGGUGAAGCAGUGGGCCGAGAUGUACCCCGGCUAUACCGGGGACAUCGCCCCCUUCCGCGCCGCCGUGCGCAACCAAGCCGAGGCCGCGCGCUUCGACGAGGAGGUCCUCGAGGCCGCAGAAGCGCUCCAGCUGGUGAGCGCCGACCAGCUGCGCCACCUGGAGAAGGAGCGCAAGUCUGUCCUGCCGGCCCUCCGAGCCCUGUCCUUUCCCCAUUGCUACUCUGGGGAUGCCUCCACCGUCAGGGAGUGCCUUCGUCGCGGCGUCGUCGCCUACCUGUACUUCAUCCACUGCAUCCCCGAGCUGUGGUGCAAGCUCGGCGAGAAUACCCCGGCCAAGGGCCGUUUCCUGGACGAUGUUGUCGCCGUCCUGUUCAAGGUCUGCAAGACCACCCCCGGCCCUUCCGACAAUACCCAUGUCGGACCUUACAGCAGCACCAGCAGCAGCAGCAGCAACCAUGGCCUGCGCGCCCAGCCAAAGGACCUCCUCGCGCUGACCAAGUACAUCUGCGAGCCGAGUCCUCUCUCCCGUCCGCCGUCCCAGCCACAGCCCGAGACCGAGGAGACCCGGGCGGUCGCGCUGCUUCUGGACUCCAUCAAGGAGAUCUGGAAGAACCAGGCGCCCCCCAAGGACUAUGAAGUCCUGCCAGAACACCCCAUGACCGCCGGCUGGCUGGUCGAGACCACCUCGCGGCUGCUGCGCGCAUACGAGUGCAAUGCCCGCUGGAGCGAGCGCCUGGCUCGCGACCUACCCGAUGCCGGUAGACAUCGCCGCCGACCCGAUGUCGUCAAGUUCCAUGCUACCAGGGUCAAUCACAAGGAGCAGAAAGGCGCCAUGCAUUCUGAUGAGGUCCGCUUUUUCUACCGUUGGGUCCAGGCGCACGGCCAAGAGUGGAAGCUCGAGGCAGAACGAGAAAUGGAAGAGCGGCAGGGCGUCAAGAAGCAACAGCAAGAGCCCGAGGACCAACAGAAACAGAAGUCGAAGGUGUACAAGGGCUACAAUCAGGGCCUGAACAAUCGCAAGGAUCAAAAGAAUCUGGAGCAGGUGUUCAUUAAACCCAAGAGAAAGGGGGGCUACGCUUCCACGCCCGAACGGAAGUCUCUGGCAGGCAACAAUGCUUCUCCCAGCAGCACCUCUCCGACAGGUAGAGCUGUGCAGCCUGACUACACGACGACUCCCCGCCAACCCUUGUCUCCACCAAAUGUCGCCAGCCCAGAGCCAAUGGUUGUCGAGAAUGCGCGCACAGUCGGACUGGAGGAGUUGAGGCGUAUCAAGGAGCAGUACGAGACCCUGAUGCAGAAGUAG